UGUGAAUGGUCAAACUGAAAAACCCAAGAAUGAUACAGAUUUCAAUAGUGAAAUAUCAGAUGCCCCAAAAGUGCAUCCUGGAGAUUAUUUGUUUCAACUGUCUGUCGGGAUAAAGUUUGUUGGUGCAAAUUUCAAAGGAUUUGAAGGGAUGGAGAAGCGGAUUGGAAGAUCCAUCAAACGGCUGGUUAUCGAAAAGCUUUCAACAUUUUCAUCUUUCAAAGAGUUAUUUCUUCUAACUAUUAAGAGUGUGGAUGCUCCAGGCUUGCUCUUUGUCUACUGGCUAUACUUCAGUCCUGGGACAGAAGAUAUCUACAUUCUCAUUCAGAGUCGGAUGAAGCAACUGUUGUCAAAAUCUGUAUCUAAUCUGCGAUAUGGAAAAGCUGAGAUAUUUGUAAUAUCUAUUGAAGAUGUGGACGAAUGUACGUCUGGACUUUCCACCUGCGAUCCUGAAGCCAUUUGUUUAAAUGCGUUUGGUUUAUAUUCUUGUCGAUGUCCCAAAGGAUUUGAAGUGUCUUCUGGCAUUGGCUGUGCCAAGAAUGUGAAAUCAGAAUCUGGCUUUGUGUCUCCCCUUGGUUUGCAAGAAAUCCUAGCAAGUGUUAUCUUGUGUGUAGUUUUGAUCCUGGCCAUAAUGUUAACGCUCCUUUUUAUGAUUAAAAGAAAAAAUAAAAGAAUCCUUACUCGUAACCAGAGUUCAGAUGACUUCCUUCCAACGCAACAAACUUUGCUUCCUCAAGAAGAAAUGAGACUGGAAGAAUCAUUGUUCGAAUUUGAUGGAACCCAGAAUAACAGAAUUUUCUUCAAAAAUAGUGAGCCUGUUGAAGUUGUGGUUAGACAUGGAGAUUGUAUGGCGUUUAAAAUGGUGCAGAAGCAACGGUCGGUGGAAAGCCCGCACUUGUGAAAUGGUGGGUGGAUUGGUGGGCAUGGCUGCUGUAUACAGGGCGUUCUAACCUCUGUGUGGACAUGGUGUCAAAUGAACAUCUGCCAUGCUGACAAGCAAUGCUUCUUCUGGCACUGAUACUUACCAUCAUAUUCCUUUGCAUUCUGUUCACCUCAAAUCAUUGUUUGUUCAAAAUAUAAAUAUCGUUGAAGAAAAAUAUUGUAAAUUGCAUGCUAACAUUCCUCAGAUCUUUAAUCGUGUAUCUUGUUACCCUGUUACUGGAACUCUAUGGGGCAAGGUUAGAGUCUUCCUGAGGACUAGUUAAUGGACUAUUUCUAGGAACUAGGUAAUGGCAACUUCCUGAAGUGACGAUGGAAACGGGAUGAACUGUAUUGGAUGAGGAAUGCUGGCUAGUUGUAAAUUUAAAAUUGAAUGAAUUGUAUGGAAUCGUCUUCAGCACAGAAACUGGAAAUGUUCAGAAGACAAUAGUGAGCUUUAAUAUUCCGAUCUGUCUGCUUUAGAUAUGGAUUUCCAAAUUGCAAAGCUAUUUAUAUGCUGAACGAUCCAUUGGGAAGGAUAAAGGCAAGAAAACAUAAAUAUCAUGUGCAUGUAUUGGGAAUCGAUUAUUUGUUCUUGAAUCAUUUUGAAUGUAAUGUUGAAUACUUUUCCUACUUGGAGUUUAAACACUUGUAUUAACAAUUUCAAAAUGUUAUCAUCUCUUUUCUGGAAGUGAGAAUAAACAAUAUUCAUUGAAA